AUGAAAAUACUCAGUUGGAAUUGUCGAGGCUUGAGCAACCCGAGAGCAAUUCUGCAUCUGCGAAAACUAGCUCAACAACACCAGCCUGAUGUUUUGUUUCUUUUGGAGACGCUAGCUAAGGCCCAGAAGUUAGAGGGUAUUAGAGUGUUACUGAAAUUUGAUGUGUGCUUUAACCGUUGA